AUGCUGAGGAUAGAUGUCGAUGAUAGCAAGUAUAAGCAGUUUGAGAUAGGUCAACAGUACAGAACCAUCGACAGCUUUAAAAAGGUUGUGACUAAGUAUGUUGUGAAGAACAAGAAGAAUAUUAGGUACAAGAAGACAUAUAGCAAGGAUUUAUACGUCUAUCAACAGCAGCUCCCCAUAGAGUGGUUGUUAGAUCGCUUCAAGAAGAGCAUAAUUGCACUUGGUGUUGGAAGGAUAGCUAGAACGAAGCCCAUUGUGAAGAUGCUUGAGAUGAUCAGAACGAGUGUUGUAAAGCUGAGAAAUCAAGAUCAGAAACACUCCAAGAGCAAUUACUUUAUUGAUCAGCAGAUUGACUUGGCGAAAUAUUGUAUGCCUCUUCCUUGUGGACUUGGAAAGUAUGAAGUAACCUAUAGAUAUACUGAGAGGUAUACUGUUCAUCUUAUAAAUGAGGUCAAUUGCAGCUACAGAUUAUUUCUGGUCAGUGGUAUACCUUGUUCCCACAUUUGUUCUGCGCUUAGGCUAGAGAAAAAGUCAGAACAAAAUCCUAGGACCUUAGUUAGCAGCUGGUAUACGACUGAAAAUCUUAAAAGAUGCUAUGAGAGUCCUAUGGGUCCUGUCCAAGGAAUGAAUUUGUUGAAGAUAACCACUGAUGAGAUGGUUAGAUCGCCGUUCUUUAAGAGUCCAGGAGGCAGACCACCAGAGAAGAAGCGAAAGAAAGAGAAGGGUGAGGAAGAAGCAGCAGAAGUGGGCAAAAGAGGGAUCAAAAUACACUAUGGCAACUGUGGUGAAGGUCACAACAAGACAAAUCUUCAGCUUGGGAUUCUGCUGAAGCUGCCACAUCAUCACAGCGUAUUCAGAACUAAACUUGGAGGCCUUGGGGUGAUGCUGAAGUUUGUCCUCUGCACUGCCAAAAGGAAGCCAAGCAGGCCAGGCAAGUAUCCACAGAAGGGAGCCUCGUCUUCACAGCCUUCUGGUGAAGCGAUCAAUGCUGGUCAAGCAAUCAGGCCACAGAAGGGGGCCUCGUCUUCUCAGCCUACAUAUGACAAAUGA